UGAGAGUAAAGUUCUUCACCUGUGAAUGAUUCACCAGCUUCUCCAGCAUAAAAAAAGCAGCGUUCUGAUUUGACUUCAUCGCGCGGCUGCAUCAUGACUGGAAGAGCCGUCUUGUUGCUCCUGCUGCUCGCCUGCGGGGCCACAGCUGCGCCAGUGGGACAGCUGUCUUGCCCCAACACAGGUGAGGCCAUGAUGUGCCCCAUGGUGUGGACUCCCCUCUGCGGCAGCGAUGGAAGGACCUAUUCCAACGAGUGCAUGUUGUGCGCCGAAAGACAGCGGACGGGGAUGGACAUACAAGUGGCCAGACAGGGAACCUGCAUCGUCAAAGCGCAGCAUCUCACGUCUCACAAGUCUGUUUCCGCCUGGUGAACAAUAAAGCAGCAGCCCACGUUG